AUGCCGCCUCCGGAGAUAGGGGUAAAGGACGUCCAGUUUAAGGCCAUCACCCAAUCUCUGGACGAUGUGGGCAAAAAAUCGAAGGGAGAAAACCAUAAACCAGACUCCGAUGGAAAAGAUAUGAGAGAGAUGAUCAGUGAUAAAGCACAAAGAGAUAUCCACCAACCCGUCGGGAAUUUCCAGCGGUCGAUGGCGGAGGUGGUGGAGGUGCGCCUGAACGGCAGCGAGAAAGUGGAUUGGGAUUUUUUGGAAGAGCUUCUGUUUCGUUAUUUGGAUAUGAACAACGAAAAGACUCACAGGAAUGUGCUGCGCGCUUUUGCGGAUUUGGUCGUCGUCUUCCACGAGAACGAUUGGAGAUCACCGGAGCGGCAGCGUCGACCUUGGGAAGGCGUCGGAGGUGGUGGUAGGAGGCUGCUGAAAGGGGAGAAGUAG